AUGGCCAACAGAAAUGAUGAAAAAGCUAAUGAAAGUACGACUACGAAUUCCCUCUCUGAACUUCAGAGAAAGCGUUUAGCAAAUAAUGCUAAACAAAGGCGCCGUUAUCAAAAAGUGAAAAAGAACCCCGAAGCUUAUGCGAACCUACUAAAGUCAAGGCGAGAAAACAAGAUAAGAAGGUUCCAAAAGGCAGAUGAUAAGACGAAGGCCGAAAUUCGUUUGAAACAUGUAAGAGCGAAUCUUAUUAGCGAAAGGAAAAGAAGGGAAAGAGAUCCUUCAUAUAGAAAGUACGAUGCAAGAGCUGAAGUGCGUAAACGAGUGAGGGAGGGUAGAGGAACUGAAGAGGAUAAGCAAAGGCUUCGUGAGAUCAACGAAAAGAAUAAACUUUCCAAGAUGAAGAGCAGGUCAGCAAAAGAAGCAAGUCUUUCGAUGGAAAAUGAACGCUCACCUAAGAAGCGUCGCACUUCCAAGAGCUGA